CAGCAGUAUGGCAAGGAGCGCUUUGGUUCUCUCUCUGGUUGGAUUCAUCCCUCUUAUACAGGGAUGGUAUCAGAACCAGAAUUCCAAUAUCAAUAUCAACUCCAAUUCUCCGGAACCAUUUGUUUUCGUCAGUCAUUCUAACACAGCCUCGAAUCCGAAUACAAAUUUCGUAACUCAUUCUCAAGGAGUACACGAUACUCAUGUCAGGUUGAAUUUCCACGCUCCGAUCAGUAACAGCUUCAGUCCUACACUAAAUAUCGGCUACGGAGGAGGAGGAGGUCCUGUCAAGGCACCGUCAGCUCCCAAAACCCCGAAGGCACCGAAAAAGUCACCGGCACCCAAAAAGUCGCCGGUACCGAAAACGUCACCCAAGAAAAUGAAGCGCCCUAAAAAGAAAGCACCGUCCCCACCUAAAGCCAAGCAGCCAGUGCCGCCUACUACGACUCCUGCUUCCCCACCGAAAGCUCCAAAGAAGACACCAAAGAAAAGUUCAGGAGGCUCUCCAAAGAAGUCUCCGUCCGGUUAUCCAGCAAAAGGACGAGUUCCAAGACCGCAUCAACCAAAGCCACACUUUGUGAACAUUAAAUCUGUUAGGUAUCCCAGCAACCAGGUGACCGUUAUUGGAAGCCAAAAUGAAGUCCAUACAGUGGCUGGAUUACAUAACCGUAUCAGGUAUCAAAAGAAAAUAAUGCAACCGCCAAGCCCCAACCCAAAUAUGCAAAUUUUGUUGAACCUGUUACAAAAAAUGAUCGUGAAAGUGAACAAAAAACCACCUCCAACAACAACGACAACAACAGCUGCACCUGAAACGACUACCACUACCACCGAAGCCACCACUACCACCGAAGCCACCACUACCGCAGCCACCACAACAACUACAGCGGCCACCACCAUUACCACCACACCUACAGAGGCUACCACAACACCAACCACCACGACAACCACUACAACUUCCACAACUGCGAUGCCGUUCCCCACCUAUACAAUCGAACCUAUAAACCAGAAGUCUCUUCUGAUGGAGGCUUUACUUCAUCAUAUAAUAGAACCUGGCGCCGGAAGUCCAGCAACGCUUAACUACGUCGGAAAUACUGGAAAACAGUUUUCAUUGAACAGUGGAACAGGGAUACAUAGCACUACAGCAGGAGGCGGUCCACAGAGUAGUUCUUCUUUGUUAAACAGCCUCGGACUUUCGCCUCAGGCAGCCACCAGCGGAGCUCAGGCCAAUACAGGACUUGGAUCACAGAUAGGGUUGGGAGCUGGGUUCGGAAACUCCGUGGCUCUUGACGUGUAUGCAGCAGCAUUAGCGAAACAAUCCACAACGCCCAAUCCUUUGUUGGAUCCAAUGCUGUUAGUUGGCUCUCUUCCGGCUCAACAGUAUCCGUCUGGAGGCGGUCAACAUGGUCCUGCGGACUUAGCUUGGCUUCAGAACUAUAUACCCCAGCUUGCACUCACCAAACAUGGAAAGGUGUCUGUAGUCAAGAAUCUGGCCUCCAAGAGCAAAACUAGAGCUUUCAUCAGCAAAAAACUCUCCGUGUAAACCGCACUAUUCAGUAUUACGAAAAUGUGUUUACAAUGUACGAAUGUAUGCGGAUGCAAGAAAUUUUAAAUCGUAUUGAUUUUGUAAAUAUACCUCAUGAGACUAUUCCCUAUUGUGCAUGUUACAUGUUUUAACUUAUUUCACAGAUAUAAAUGUUAAUUUAUUAUUGUUUUGUUGAAUGCCAAUAAAUUAUUGCACACGAACUGAA